CCAUCAUGGCUGAGUCCUGGAGCCUCAGUGACUCUGAUCUGUGAGGUUGAACAUCCACCUGCAGGAACCAGGUUCUUCUGAUCCUCGUCCAGCAGCUUCUCUCUCAGUGAAUCCUGACAGAGUUCAACACUUCAAAUCUGACUUUGUGUCUGUGAGCUGUGAGGGAAACUCUGCUGAGUGGAGAGUGUUGAGGUUGACAGAAACAGGACAACUGUCAGCCUGCUCCACCUGGGGGACAAUGACUGGAUCUACAUGUACCUUCAAGAUAAACUUGUCUGUUAGUAGAGUUUACUGGUGUGAGUUUGGAUCAGGAGAGUUCAGCAAUGCAGUGAACAUCACUGUACAUGACAGUUUUUUGAAUAAUACAAUCCUGGUGAGCCCUGUUCAUCCUGUGACUGAGGGAGAUCCUGUUACUCUGAGCUGCAGAGAUAAAAAACAAAAUCGUCUCUCCAAUGUAUUUUUCUAUCAUAAUGAUAAACUCAUCAACAAUGACGGCAGAGAGGAGCUGAAUAUCUCUGCAGUGUCAAAGUCAGAUGAAGGUUUCUACAAAUGUCAACAUUCAAGAGAGGAGUCACUACAGAGCUGGAUGUCUGUUAGAGUUACUGUGCCCAGUCCUGCCAGCUCUUCAUUUCCUGUGAUGUUGAUCAUUGGAUCAGUUGUUGGAGUCGUUCUCUUUAUUCUCAUUAUUCUCCUGCUGUCAUGGUGGCGAUACAGUCGGUCCAAAAAUUCAUGGUGCAUCAGGUCAGAGGUCAGCAGUCAGAGCUCCUCCACAAAUCAAGGACUCAACCAGAGAGAGAGUCAAGUUUACAACUCUCUGCUACACGGUGAUACUUCAGAGUAUGAAACAAUCCAGUCAGCUUCUAACAAUAGGAGGCCUGGUAAUCCAGAGGACGAUCAUGUUUACAUAAAUAUGAACAACAGAAAACACAGAAUCCAUUAAAAGAAUCACUGUAGUGAAAAGAAAACAAAAAGGAAAGUGGAGUCCUGCUGCAGUUUAUUCUGAAAUCAGAUCAAGAAAGUUUACAAAAAUGCAUUUUAACUUUCUAUUGGUUCAGAUUGAACUGAACUGAGUUUUUUAUUAUUGCAACAUAAGAAAAAAAGCCACAUCCUCAAAUGUUCCUAACAAAAGUCUGUGGAUGAAGAUGAGCUAGUCAACAUUUUAUGAAACUGAUGCAAGUAGCUCUGGAAUACAAACACAAACGUACAGAAAUUGGAACAGAUACAAUUUAAAGUUUUGUCUGGACUGAAAUCACUUAGCUCAGGUUUUAUUUUAACAUAACAGUAUGUCCUUUAAAAAUGCAGCACUUCUCAUGUUUAUUGUUCAAGAAAAUUCAUUUCUAUGUUUGGUGUAAAGAUAUAUUAUUAGCUCUGUUUAUUCUAUUUGCAUGCAGAAAAACACAUAUUAGAUGUAAAAAUAUUUGUGUGUAUUUUUAUUUUUGACCAUUUUUAACUCCAUACUUACAAUUAUUAUUAAUUACAAACUCACUGGAUGCAUGAUUUUGAAAUGUGAAAUGCAAAAACAUACACAAACAACAACUUAAGAAAGCCAUGACACUUUGAUAUUUUCCAUUUUAUUACACCUGGCAUACAUGUAAGGAGUCAUCAUGCUAAAUAAAAGUAUGUAAACAUG